CUUCAGCCUCCCUCAGUUUCCUUCCUGGAUUACAGCUGCAGCUGCUUGCCAGAGUGUGGGAGUUAUUGGCUUUUCCCUCAGUUCUCCUCUCCCUGCUUUUUGAAAGAUGUGUUCUUUGGGGUUCGCCCGGUCUCUGGGCUUUGCCCUCAUCCCACUGGCCACCUGCUGCAUAGUGGCCAACUUGCUGCUCUUUUUCCCAGAUGGACAGAUGGAUUUUGUGAAGGAUAAUCAUUUGACCAAGUAUGUGUGGUUCUUCAUGGGAAUAGGAGGUGGAGGUAUAGCUAUGUUCAUACCUGCCAUUACUUUUUUAUGCAUGGGGAAGUGUGCCAACUCUUGUGGAACUGAGAGCUGUGCGAUGUGUGGCUCAGUGCUGGCUGCUCUCAUUGGACUGGUUGGCUCUGGAUACUGCUUCUUCAUCUCAGCUGUCGCCUUGCUAAAUGGACCAUUUUGCUUCACCUCGUUGGGAUGGAGAUCUCCUUUUGAGAGUGAUGGGCCGAAAUACCUGUUUGCGAGAGAAAGCUGGUCUGAGUGCAUACAGCCUGUUCACAUUGUGGAGUGGAAUGUGACGUUGCUGUCAAUUAUGCUAGGCCUCAGCACCCUGGAGUUCCUCAUCUGUGUCAUCCAAAUCGUCAGUGGACUAGUCAAUGCUGUGUGCAGGCCCUGCUGCUAUAAGCAGGAAUAUAGCCUGAAUGCCUGAAGAUACAAGGUGUAUCCAUGCAGUCCUCCCCAACAAACACCAAAAUUCUAAUGUUGGACUGCUGGCUUUGAGAACACUUAGAAACAGAACAGACAGACUACACUGUGACAAUCUAGAACCUGCCAGUAAUCACAGGCAACAUUUGAAUUUGGCAGUGUUUAUUGGGGACUUUCUAGUUCAAUGGGCUUGAGGAACCUGUGUAAGCCCAGCUGGAAGAAGUCUGCUUCCAUUCAUCAAUCUAAUGUCAAUUUCAAUCAAUCAAGUCUAGUAUGAGGCUUCCACUCUCUUUCAGUCAGACCAAAGGCUGAUGAUGCCAUUACAUAAGACAAGAAUUUGUAAAUUACACACUAUUGAUUGAGUACUCCUCAUUGAGACACUGUAACCAUAGGGUGGGGUAAAUCACAAGAAUUGAACUUUUGUCCAGAAAGAAGCUGGUUCAAAUGUGUUUUUGUUGUACACUAUCCAGACUGUAACAUGUAUUUUGUGUAAGGACAAAUGUAUUUUUAUGACGUAUGUUUGUUUUGUAUAAGUGUCUUCAUUUUGAGAAAAUGGCAUUGUAACUUAUUAACUGAAAUAGACAAAGACAGUCAAGUCAGAAUGAUAUUUUCUAUAUUUAGGAAAAUUUCUAUUGUUUUUUUAUAAUGUUUGUGCUGGCUUAAAAUGAAUAAAAGUGUUACAAUUUA